AUGUCAUUUCUAAAUGGCAGCAGCCUAACACCAGCUUCUUUUUUCAUUCCUGGGCUGGAAGAAGUGCAUCUGUGGAUCUCCUUCCCCCUGUGUACCAUGUAUAGCAUUGCCAUUAUGGGGAACUUUGGCCUUAUCUAUCUCAUCUACAGUGAAGAGGUCUUACACAGACCCAUGUACAUCUUCCUAGCCCUUCUUUCCUUCACAGAUGUGCUCAUGUGCACCAGCACUCUUCCCAACACUCUCUGCAUAUUGUGGUUCAACCUUAAGGUGAUUGACUUUGAGGCCUGCCUGGCCCAGAUGUUCUUUGUGCACACCUUCACAGGGAUGGAGUCUGGGGUGCUCAUGCUCAUGGCCCUGGACCGCUAUGUGGCCAUCUGCUACCCUCUGCGCUAUGCCACCAUCCUCACCCAUUCAGUCAUUGCCAAGGCCGGGCUCCUCACUUUACUUAGAGGUGUGAUGCUUGUUAUCCCUUUCACUUUCCUCACCAAGCGUCUGCCCUACUGCCGGGGCAACAUCAUACCCCACACCUACUGUGACCACAUGUCUGUGGCCAAGAUAUCCUGUGGGAAUGUCAAGGUCAAUGCCAUCUAUGGCCUGGUGGUUGCUCUCCUGAUUGGAGGCUUUGACAUCCUGUGUAUCACAGUCUCCUACACCAUGAUCCUCCAGGCAGUUGUGAGACUAUCAUCAGCAGAUGCUCGGCAGAAGGCCUUCAGCACCUGCACUGCCCAUAUCUGUGCCAUAGUCAUCACCUAUGUCCCAGCCUUCUUCACCUUCUUUACACACCGUUUUGGGGGACAUACUAUUCCUCCCCACAUUCACAUUAUUAUGGCUAAUCUCUAUCUACUCAUGCCUCCCACAAUGAACCCUAUUGUGUAUGGGGUAAAAACUAAGCAGAUACGAGAAAGUGUUAUUAGAUUCUUCCUUAAGGGAAAGGACAGUUCUCUUAAUAUUUAG